AUGUCGCCUAUUCCAGAGUUUAGUGGCUACAAGAUCGACGAGGAGACAUGGGAAAGCAAGUUUGACCCUACGAACACGGAGAAUACGACUACGAUAGUCAAUGGGUACAUCCUCCAAGCACUCACAAGCUAUCAGAGGCGCUUCCGAUACAGUGGCACCGAUUUGAAGGAGCUAUUCCAGGAAGACUUCGAAGACUGGACCUUAGAUACUUUCGCACUAGCUUCGAGAGCUUGUUGCAGAGAUCUUUGGCGUCACUUGCUACUAAAUAGAGUGCCAGUCAGACCUGCCGCCAAUGGUAUAUCCUAUCAAAAGGUAUUCAUGGAAGUCUUACAGGACCGAAAACUUGUGGACUGGACCCUUGAAUUCCAAAUUCAUCGAGAAACCUUGAUUAAGAAAAUGGAAAAGGAGAUCCCUUCGGUGACUAUUCAACAGCAACAACAGUUACUACAGGAACAACAACAGCGACAACAACAGCUGAACAAUCAAGGUGGUAAUGGUGGACCACCCCCUCCACCUCCCCCUCUGGGGCCCCCUCUUGGACCUCCUCUAGGACCUCCACCUGGACCCCCUCCCCCUGGACCAACAUGGCAACCUCAGCAACCUCCUGCUUCAGGCUAUUACAGCAAGCCUCUAAGAGAUUUGCUGAAAAUCUACUUGGAUAAGGAUAAGAAGUUCGGUGGAAGCGAUUACGACGUACUUGAGGAUAAGCUUCUAAUAUUCUACAACCAUUGUAGAAUAGUGGGCUUGCCUCAGGAACCAAGUGCUUACGCGGAAGCUCUCUCAAUCAUGCUGAAAGAUCAGGCAAACACCUACUUCUACACUUCGUUAUACAACAGAGGCCUAGGUUUUGGAGAGAUGAUCAACUUGCUCAAGAUCAAAUUUGAGAUCGAAGAGAAGCGCCUAAUGAUCGAUAUCAUGGCACUCAGGCAAUCAUACGAGAGGAGAGAGCUUACCGAGGUUCGAUGGAUUGCUGGAGAGCAUAAUACCGCCGACGCAAUGACAAAGGCAACACCUAACCAAGGCGCUGGAAACCUUUUUUGA